CCGGACGUUUUGCAGUUGAUUAAGUGUUGCUAAACACAGGUGCAAAGAAGGAAGCUGUGAAUUUUGACAGGAUACUGCUAAAGUAACCCACAUGUGAAGAUGAGCGUCCCAGACUACAUGCAAUGUGCAGAGGACCAUCAGACUGUGCUUGUGGUGGUCCAGCCGGUCGGCAUAGUACCCGAGGACCAGUUCUUCAAGAUCUACAAACGCAUCGCCAGUGUGAGCCAGGUGAGCAUCAGAGACUCGCAGCGCCUGCUCUACAUCCGCUACCGCCACCACUACCUGCCCGAAAACAAUGAAUGGGGAGAUUUCCAGACGCACCGCAAAGUGGUGGGCCUCAUCGCCAUCACCACCUGUGGCUCAGCGAAGGAGUGGCCCCAGACUGCCGAGCGCUUCCACGGCCAGAAGGAAGUGUACAGCGCCACGCUGUACGAUUCGAGGCUGCUGGUGUUUGGGCUGCAGGGAGAGAUUGCAGAGCAGCAGCGCACAGAUGUGGCCUUCUACCCCAGCUUUGAAGACUGCUCUGAUGUAGAGAAGAGAGUGGAAGACUUUGUGGAGUCGAUAUUUAUUGUCCUGGAGUCCAAGCGGCUCGACCGGGCCACAGACAAGUCCGGUGAUAAGAUCCCUCUGCUCUGUGUGCCCUUUGAGAAGAAGGACUUUGUGGGUUUGGACACAGAUAGCAGGUGAGUUGUUCUCUGCACCCUAGC